AUGGAGGGCAUUGAACAUCCUGAGCUAGCCAGAACUGAGUGCUUCCUCAUACUUUACUAUCUCGUGGAUAUGGCGGAACAUCUGAACCAGCUCAACGUUAAAAUGCAAGGCAGUGGAAAUACAGUGUUAUCCCUUCAGCAAACCGUGUUCGCUUUUGAAAACAAGCUGGAGCUCUAUAUCAUGGAUCUCGCAACACGUCAUUUACUACAUUUUGAAAAACGAAGACAAUAUAAAGAUGCAUGCACAGUAAACAAGCCCACUCAAAACUGUGAUCUCCGUCAGGUAGCUGGCUUCACAUCCAGUCUCAGGUAG